UGAGUUGGCAACUAAGUGAUUGCGGAUUUUGUCGAUAUAUGGAAUUUACACUUUCUUUUGUUUUGUUAACGUGGUCAUUGCAUCUAAUCUAUAUUUUGUUUCUUAUUAUUUGGACUUCUACCUUUAAUUUAGUAAAAAAAUUAUAUCGAUUAGAGCUUUAGUUUUGUUUUUAUCCCAAUUUAAAAAUGGAAGAACAAGACGUGCACUUCAGACAUAUUUUAUUGUAUUACUUCCGAAAAGAACGCAUCGUAAGCACAAAAGAAGUUAUGGCCGUAUAUGGAAAUGAAGCCUUGAAAGAAAGGCAGUAUCAAAAUUGGUUUACCAGAUUUCGUUCUGGUGAUUUUUCACUGAAAAAUGCUCAACGAUCUGGCCGUCCAAUUGAAGUCGAUCAGAUCCAUAUCAAGGACAUUAUCGAUUCAGAUCGUCAUAGUACAACACAUGAUAUUGCAGAAAAGCUCAAUGUAUCGCAUACAUGCAUUGAAAAAAAAUUAAAAAUACCUGAUUAUGUCAAGAAACUCGAUUUAUGGAUCCCUCACCAGCUUAAGGAAAUUCAUUUGACGCAACGCAUUAGCAUCUACGAUUCGCUUCUGAAACGCAACGAAACUGAUCCAUUUCUGAAAAGCCUAAUUACUGCGAAAAGUAGAUAGUUUAUAACAACGUUAAUUGGAAGAGAUCGUGGGUGAUGAAAGAUGAACCAGCCCAAACGACAUCAAAAGCAGAGAUUCACCAAAAAAAGAUUAUGCUGUCAGUCUGGUGAGAUUAUAAAGGAAUUUUGUACUUUGAACUUAUGCCAUAAAACCAAACGAUCAAUUCAAACAUGUAAGUUCAACAACUCGCCAAACUGAGCGAUGCAAUUCAAGAAAAGCGGCCGGUAUUGUCAAAUCUUAAGGGUGUCGUUUUCCACCAUGAUAAUGCAAAGCUUCACACGUCUUUGAUCACUCGCCUAAAAUUAUUGGAACUGGAUUGAGAUGUUUUAUCACAUUCACCAUAUAGCCCUGAUCUUGCGCCUUCAGACUACCAUUUGUUUCGUUCCAUGCAGAACUCUUUAAAAAGUAAAAUUUUUAAUAAUGCUGAUGAUGUCAGAUCACAUUUAAUUCAGUUUUUUGAUAGCAAAGAUUAGAAAUUUUACGAACGUGGAAUUUUGACACUGCCAGAACGAUGACAAAAGGCCAUCGACAAGAACGGACAGUAUCUAAUUGAAUAAAGUUAUAUUUUUAAACAAAAAUUAAGAAUUUUCCUUCUUAUUUGAAAUUCGCAAUCACUUAAUUGCCAACC